ACAUAACUUUUCCAAAAGAGCGCGUUGUCGAGGGUAGAUCGCAGUAUAUCGCAAACAUCAAGUGUAGUCGAUUUGUGAGGAGGGCAUUGAAGAGUUUGUUUUGUGUAUACGAUUGUGUAUGUGUAUUGUGAAUGAUGUACGGCACCGGUAUUAGUUGUAGGUGUACAUUUAUGAGACUGCAUGAAUUUGAGUCCUAGAAGGAUGUAGAAAGAUGCUUGCGAAAUCAUUAGUAGUGACCCAAGAGUGGUUAUUAGAAUAGUGUGACAGUGCCAACCCAUGUUUGUUGAUUGGAAUGGAAAAUGAGCGGAAUCAUUAAGGAUAUUGCUUGCAACAGUUGAACUCUGUGUGACCAAUACGGUGAACUACCAUGGAUGAAAAGCCAUAUACCAGGCAGCCAGUUGCCGUGGCAACUGAUGAUGGACAGGCCCAGCAACUACAAGGAAGGGCACCAGUGGCCACAGUGCCAGGGUUGCCAGAGCAUUAUGCUCAGAUGACAACAUACCGAUCAUGUGCUGCCAUAUUGGCAGAUCCGGGCACAAAGGAUGAAAUUAAACUCAAGGCAGCCCAAGAAAUAAGUGAAAAUUUUGAGACUAUCCUGAUGCAUCCUGCUUACCAGUCAUUCCUUGACUAUACACUGAAGAUAUUUAUAAAAAUCCUUCAGGAAGGGGAAACACAUUUUAUAGCAGAGUACAGUAUUCAGCAAGUGCGGAAACUUAUAUUGGAAGUUAUACACAGGCUUCCAACAAAUGAAGUUUUGAGGCCAUAUGUGAAGUCUAUAAUCUCGUUGAUGAUGCGGCUUCUGGAGAUUGAAAAUGAAGAGAACGUUUUGGUGUGUUUGAGGAUAAUUAUUGAACUGCAUAAACAGUAUCGCCCUGUGUUUAAUGCAGAAAUUCAGAAUUUUUUACACUUCGUUAAAUCUAUAUAUCGAGAACUACCAAACCAUAUGCCAAAAAUUUUUGAACCUCGUGCUGCGAUAAGAGUUUCUGACAUAUCGGAAAUCAAUGUGGAAGCACUACUGAAGGAAACAUUUACAAUGACUGUCAUCCAGUGUGACAAGAAGUCAGAUGACAUGACUGUAACGUAUAAUUUAAUACCAAGAGCAGUUAUGUCCCUGAAAGUUCUCCAGGAACUACCAAUAAUAGUUGUGCUCAUGUAUCAGCUGUACAAGCAACAGGUUCAUCAAGAUGUGGCUGAUUUCAUUCCAUUGAUAAUGACGACAAUAUCUCUGCAGCCAACUCAACAACAGAGAAUGAGUCCUUCAUUUAAUAAAGAAGUUUUUGUGGAUUUCAUGGGAGCUCAAAUAAAAACACUAUCAUUUUUGGCAUAUAUUAUUAGAAUUUACCAAGAAGUUGUAGCCCAACAUGCAAGUCAGAUGGUGAAAGGAAUGCUUUCACUUCUUACUUUGUGUCCUAUGGAGGUUGCUAAUUUGCGAAAGGAACUGAUGAUAGCAGCACGUCAUAUCUUAGCAACAGACUUGAGAACUAAGUUUGUGCCUAUAAUGGAACGCCUCUUUGAUGAAAAUGUUCUUCUGGGUAAGGGCUUUACUACACAUGAAACCCUGCGGCCUCUAGCAUACAGCACCUUGGCUGAUUUGGUGCACCAUGUACGGCAGCACUUGCCUUUUGCUGAUCUGGAGCGUGCUGUGCAUCUCUUUUCACGUAAUGUCCAAGAUGAUUCACUGCCCACCAGUAUACAAACAAUGUCCUGUAAACUGUUACUCAACUUGGUUGACUGUAUAAGGCACCGCAGUGAAAUUGAAAGUGGAAGAGGAAGGGAGCUGCUGUUGAGAAUGCUGGAAACGUUCAUCAUCAAAUUCAAAAAUAUUUCAAAACACCAGUUGCCCACACUUCUAAAUAAAUGCAAAGCCCCGUUACCACUCGCUACAACACUUGGCCAGGUGCCUGGCGCACCAAACCCCAAUGUGGCACCCGUGCUGAAAGUGCAGCCCGGUGGCAACGCAGUGGCAGGAGCGUCGGUGCCUGUGGGCGCUGCUGCUGGAGGCAGCAUCACUCCGAACGCAUCCACUGCCACUGCCGUCCCGGCCGUCACUCCUGCUGGCACAGCUGCCACCAGCCCCGCCACCACUAAUGUCGCAGCCACAGCAGCAUCAGCAGGGAUGGUGGUGGCAGGGGUGCCGACAGCUGCGGCGACGAACGCCCCAUUCAUCCCACUGAUGAGCUCCAUACCCACGACUCCGGGCUCGGCGACACCUGGUGCGGCGUUACCCAGAGGGUUCGCCAAGGAGACUGCCACCCAACAGUACUCUGCAGCGGCAGUGAGCGCGUCUGCCGCAAACACUUUCUCGGAGCUGACGAAGGCCCUUGCUAAUGCAGACGGGAAGCUACCAACAGAAAAGGAGGAAAAGAAGUUCGGGUUUCCUCAGACACAGGGCAGUAACUACACAGUAACAGACUGCCGUGCCCUCGUGAAAACUUUGGUGUGCGGUGCAAAGACAAUUACAUGGGGCUGUGCUGCUUGCAAGGUUCCAACCAUUGAAGGAUCAACACAAGGAAAACUAUUUCAUCCAAAAGAAACACUAAUGUUUAUACGUCUUGUUAAGUGGGGGAUGAAGGCUCUCGAUAUAUACACUCUUAGUGCAAACCCCAUGUUACCGGGUCUCAUUUUGCCUGCUGUUCAGAGGAAUGCUGCUAACCAAACAGUUCGCUCAAAAGAAGAAAAAGAAGUGUUGGAACAUUUCUCAGGAGUUUUCUCUAUGAUGAAUCCCCUAACAUUUAAUGAAGUGUUCUCAACAACAAUAGAAUUUGUAGUGGAUCGAAUCUACAAGAAUUCAGCACUACAAGUUGUGGCAAACUCUUUUCUUGCAAAUCCAACCACAUCACCUGUGUUUGCUACUGUUCUUCUUGAGUAUCUCUUGAAAAGAAUGGAGGAGAUGGGAAAUGGCAUGGAGAAGAGCAACUUGUACUUGAAACUUUUCAAGUUGGUGUUUGGUAGUGUUUCUUUGUUUCCAGAGGAGAACAAACACAUGCUCAGACCCCACCUACAUAAGAUUGUUAACAGGUCAAUGGAAUUGGCGAUGACAGCGAAAGAGCCAUUUAACUAUUUCCUCCUGCUACGUGCCCUGUUUAGAUCGAUUGGUGGUGGCAGUCAUGACUUACUGUAUCAAGAAUUUUUACCGCUCCUUCCCAACUUGUUACAAGGACUGAACAGCUUGCAGAGUGGUUUGCACAAGCAGCACAUGAAGGACCUGUUUGUGGAGCUGUGCCUCACAGUUCCUGUCAGACUGAGCUCCCUGUUGCCAUACCUGCCAAUGCUCAUGGAUCCACUAGUAUCUGCUUUGAAUGGUUCUCACACUCUCAUCAGCCAGGGCCUAAGAACAUUGGACUUGUGUGUGGACAACUUGCAGCCUGAUUUCCUGUACGAACAUAUUCAGCCAGUACGUGCAGAGCUGAUGCAGGCACUGUGGAGGACACUUCGAAAUCCCUCAGAGCAAGUGGCACAUGUGGCAUUUAGAGUUCUUGGAAAAUUUGGAGGAGGAAACCGUAAGAUGAUGGUGGAGCCUCAGAAACUGACAUACAGCACAACUGACAGUCUUGGACCUGAGAUGGCAGUCUGCUUCCAGGAUCAUUCCAGGCAGAUAAACUUACCUGUGGAGAAGAUUAUAGAAACUGCAUUCACCGCCCUCAAGAGCAGCUCGACUGAUCCGUUCUAUAGGAGACAGAGCUGGGAAGUUGUCAAUUGCUACUUAAUUGCAUCCAUAAGCUUGGAGAAUGAUAGAAAAGAUAUGAAGAGGCUUUUCUCUCAUCCAAGCUUCACAGAGCAGAGUGUCAAGAUAAAUCCAAUACAAGGUGUCCCAUAUAAAUGCCCUGAUGCCAGAUCCAGGGCAACUCAUCAGACUGCUCUUACAGCAAUGUUGGUAGCUGCUGCAAUAAAGGAACUACGCUCGCAUGUUCUGCAGACACUUUUGUUCGUGAUCAGUCACUACACGAUGGUUGCAAUAUCCCAACAAGCAGGUCCAUUUUCAAUGUCCGCUAGACAGUCUGCUUUGGUCGGGAUGGAUCCUCUUGUGCUGAUUGAUGCCCUUGCGGUAAUAAUGGGACAUGAAGAGAAAGAACUGCUGAAACCUGGCAACCUAGCUUUGAUACUUAUCCUAGAAACAGCAACCAACAUUCUGGGCACAAAACAGCGAGCAUGCCGCUUGCCUCUCAUGGAGUACCUGUCUGAGCGCAUGUGUGCGCUCUGCUACGAUCGAGCAUGGUACGCAAAAGUGGGAGGUUGCGUCGCUAUAAAGUUCUUCUAUGAACGUAUGGAUAUGCGCUGGAUAUUCGAACAUCUCUUUGUUUUCUUAAAAGCACUUCUGUUUGUUAUGAUGGACCUCACAGGGGAGGUGUCCAAUGGUGCUGUCGAUUUGGCAAAGAACAACUUAGAGAAAAUGCUGACUUUGGCUGCAGCACCGAUUGAAAGAGAUGAAAACAAUGAAGACCUGCUCAAUGCACAGAGUAAGAGUCUGUUUGACGUGACACAUGAACUGGUGCGACAGGUCACAAGGCCAAACACGCUUAUCAGGGAGCAGACUAUGCAUUCAUUGGAAGUACUGGCUAAAAUACAGAAUAAGACGGUCACAGAAGUGAUGGAACCACACAAGGAGGUUCUUGAAGACAUGAUACCUCCCAAAAAGCACUUGUUGCGUCACCAACCAGCCAACGCACAGAUUGGGCUGAUGGAUGGAAACACCUUCUGCACGACUAUGGAGCCUCGUCUUUUUACAAUAGAUCCAGAAUAUUUUUUACUCCCACCCUUGAUGGAAGAUGGAGAUGUUAACAUCCAGUUACUAACAAAACCUUGUCCCGCAGAAGCAUCAUGUCUUUAUUGCCCCAGAGAUCUUAAUGUCACAGAACAUAAAGUGUUUUUCCAUGAGUUGAUAUCAUUGUGUGAAGCGGAUGAUGCUGUUCUGGCCAAGUUGCCAUGCUACAAGAACGUUCAUCCACUGACCGCUCUGCGCAAGUCUGCAUUGCAGGCACUUGCUGCGUGUCACUACAUACCGAGCAUGAGAGAGAAAAUAUUUACAGUACUUUACAAGGCUAUGGAAAAGCCAUGUCCAGAGCUCCAGGAGGCUGCUUUUGAAUGUACAAAAAAGUUUCUAGCAGGAUUUGCUGUGGAUGCUGAGAGUGUACAAAAUGUUGUAAAACCGGUACUGGAUGCUUUGGGAGACUAUCGCAUUUUGAACUUGAAUGCGACCAAGAGACUUUCGUACUUAAUACAGUUAUUUCCUGCAUGUGUGGAUACAAAAUUUUGUGACCAAAUGCUUCAACAUAUAAAAAAGUUGCUGGACCUCAUCAUUACUGCACAAAAGGGUGUAACAAAGACUACAGAACAUGAGCAAAAGAUAACAACAAUAAUUAAUAUUUUUCACCAGGUCCCUUCAGUUAUUUCAAAGUACAUCGAACCUCUCUGUCGAUUGACGUUACAUACAGAAAAAACUUUAAAUAUUGAAGCAAGUUCACCAUUUCGUGAGCCUCUUAUGAAGUUUCUGUUACGAUACCCACAGGAAACAAUUGAUAUGUUCUUGAAAGAAUGUUACCUGAAGGAUCCACAGUGGAAUAGAUUUCUCGAACACAUUGUGAAAUCUGAGGAGGGUAAACCACUGCGAGAUGUCUUCCAGAGUCCACCAGGUGUAGCAAAAUUGUCUGCUCUCAUCCUGUCACAGAAUGUAAAUCCAAGUGACAAGGCAGAUGUUCAGUAUAUUGGAAUAAUGCUGUUAGCAGCUAUAAUAAAAUUUGAUAGACAAUGGUUGUCUACGCAGCAAAUGCUUAUAAACUCCCUCAAGAAGGUGUGGAUGGAUGACAAUUACCUGGAACUCCACAAGAAGGUAGAAGGAGUAGAUGCAAGACACUGGCGUGAACCAAAACUUAUAGUCAAGAUACUGCUUCAUUAUUUCUGCCAUCACCCUAAUGAUGUUGACUUACUAUUCCAACUCCUUCGUGCAUUUUGCUACCAUGUAAUCCCAGACUUCCAGUUUUUGAGGAAUUUCCUGGAAACAACAGUUGCAGAGAAUUAUACGGUUGAAUGGAAAAGGGCAGCAUUUUUCCGUUUUGUGGAUGUCUUUCACAGCCCAAAGAUGUCACAAGACCUGAAAGCGAAGGUUCUGCAGAUGAUACUUAUACCGUGCUUUGCUGAAAGUUUUGAACGUGGGGAAGGAGAAAAGAUAAUUGGUACUCCACCCUUGCCAGAUCAGGAGAAUCCUGAAAAUGUUGUUUCCGUUUUUGUAAGCAAGAUCAUAGAUCCUGAUAACCCAUUUGGGAAUUCGGACUCCGUGCGCAUAUUCCUUCUACAGUUUGCAUGCUUGCUUGUGGAUCAGGCAGCUCCUCAUAUUCAUGACGCACAGAACAAACGGCAAGGUCUCAAGGUGCGCCGGCUCCUGAUGUUUGCAUGGCCAUGCCUCAUGGGGAAGAACUGUGUCGACCAGGCUACACGCUACCAUGGGCACCUUCUGUUAUCACAUAUAAUAGCCAAGUUUGCUAUUCAUAAAAGAAUUAAAUUGCAAGUAUUUCACAGCCUACUGAAAGCACACGCAAUUGAGGCACGAGCUAUUGUUCGACAGGCAUUAGAAAUCCUCACUCCUUUAAUGCCGGUGCGAAUGGAAGAUGGCUACACAAUGCUGACGCACUGGACUAAAAAAAUUAUUGUGGAAGAGGGACAUUCAAUGCAACAGCUGUUUCAUAUAUUACAGCUGGUUGUGAGGCACUACAAGGUCUAUUACCCAGUUCGCCAUCACCUGGUGCAGCACAUGGUGAAUGCCAUGCAGCGCCUCGGCUUCAGUCCUAAUUCAUCCAUAGAGCACAGGAGACUCGCCGUAGAAUUGGCUGAUGUUAUCAUCAAGUGGGACCUGCAGCGUAUCAAAGAUGAAGCUGAAUCCACAUCUAUGACUGAACAGUCUGUUACGCUCGGUACUCCAGUAAAACGAACACCUGUUGACGACCCUGGUAUGAACCUGGAAAAUCCUCGGAAAAGGCAUGCCACAAUGCCUGGUCCGUGCAUGAUGCCUGCCUUGGUCACCAAAGUGGAGCCGGACUCCACUACACCAAUCGAUACGGUCCAUGCCGAUGCCGUGCUCAACUUCUUGUUGCGGCUAGCAUGUCAGGUGAAUGAUACGAGCUCAGCUCUGGGCUCCCCCGGAGAGCUGCUGUCACGUCGGUGUGUAGCCCUCUUGAAGACAGCACUCAAGCCCGAGGUGUGGCCCCGUGCCAAUGACCUGAAGAUUGGCUGGCUUGACAAAAUCUUCUUGAGUGUGGAGUCGGCGACUCCCAACUAUGGCAACAUCUGCACUGCCCUCGAUCUUCUUGCUUACCUGGUGACACUUAUGAAGAAGGAGAGAAUUCUGGCAAACAUCAAACCGCUGCAGCGAGGUCUCGCAGCUUGUGUGACAAGCUCCAAUACCAAGGUAAUUAGACUGACUCACAGUCUCAUGACACGACUCAUGAGUUAUUUCCCCACUGAGUCGACUACAGCAACUGUUGCUUCCAAAUAUGAGGAGCUGGAAUGUCUAUACUCUAGUCUUGGAAAGUUUGUUUGCGAAGGGCUGUCUCAGUAUGAGAAGCAGUCCAGUGCCAGCCCAACAAUGCUUUAUGGCCCUCUCAUGAUGCUCAAAUCUGCAUGCAUCAACAACCAGACCUAUAUCGACCGGCUGAUCACACCAUUCAUGCGAGUGCUACAGAAAUUAACAAGAGAGCAUCUGAGUCCGAGUAUUCAAGAGCAGAAUGCAGCUAGCACAGGAAGUGAUCUGCUGAUUCUCAGUUUAGACAUGGUAAAGAACCGUGUAGUUGUGAUGGGUGCUGAUAUGCGAAAGACGUUCAUUGGAACAAUACUGGUUGGUCUGAUUGAAAAAUCACCAGAUAUUAAAGUCAUGAAGGCUAUAACUAAGAUGCUAGAGGACUGGAUGAAGAACAAGAACCCUAUUGCUAUUAAUCAGACUCCAACACUGAGAGAAAAAUCCAUACUCCUGGUUAAAAUGAUGCACUACGUUGAAAAAAGGUUUCCUGAUGAAUUGGAACUGAAUGCCCAGUUCCUUGAUAUUGUUAAUUUUGUGUACAGAGAUGAAAAUCUGAAGCAAUCUGAACUGGGAACAAAGUUAGAGCCUGCAUUCCUGGCAGGUUUAAGAUGUGUCCAGCCACCAAUCAGAGCUAAAUUUUUUGAGGUAUUUGAUGCAAGUAUGAAACGAAAAUUGCAUGACCGUCUGUUAUACAUAAUGAUUUCUCAGAACUGGGAGCCUAUGGGACCACAUUACUGGAUAAAACAGUGUAUAGAACUCCUAGUCAUGACUGCAAAUCCAGGUGAAACUGUACGACUCAGUGAUGAAAGCCUGAGGUUGCCUCCCAUUACAUAUGUCUUAAGCCAAGCAGAUAGCACUGAUAAAGCCAAUUAUUUCAUGUACUUACAAGGUAUAAGGGAUGACAUGGAUGAAAUGGAUUCUGAUAAAGAGAGUGAAAUUGACCUGGAUGGCAUAGUAUCAGGUGUGGAAGCAAAGGAUGGUGAGGAAGCGAGGAACAACCGAAAGAUGUCUCUGCGACAGAUGUUGAUACGGCAGAGCAAAUUCAUGGAAUCUGUUCGGAAUACGUACACGAGCCAUUUCCUGGUUGCAAUGGCACAGCUGUGUCAUAUGGACACUGGCUUAGCAGAGAGUGUAUGGCUGGAUUUCUUCCCUCGAGUAUGGAGAGUACUAAGCGACAGGCAACAGUCAGCUCUAAUCACAGACUUAGUGCCUUUCCUCGCCAGUGGUGCACAUGUUAUCCAGAAGGACUGCCAUCCAAGCGCACUGAAUUCUUUCACAGAAGGCCUCACAAGAUGCAUUGACAACUUACCUUUAAAGCCUUCUCUUAUGAAAUACAUAGGUAAGAGUCAUAACCUGUGGCACAGAAUAUCACUGAUACUUGAAAAAAUGAUCGCUGAAGGUAAUUUGAGCCUCCUGCAGAAAAAUAAGAGAGACAUCGGUGACUGCUACGAAUUUGAACCCAGUGCUCCUGUGCAUCAAUGGCAAGAAGUCCUCGAUGCUCUUUCUGACAUGUACUCAAUGUUGAGUGAGGAGGACAUGUGGGCUGGCCUGUGGCAAAAACAUGCUCGCUACCGCGAGACGAAUAUUGCCAUCAUGUAUGAGCAGCAAGGCUUCUUUGAACAUGCUCAGGGAGCUUACGAAGUCGCAAUGAGUAAAGUUCGCAGUGACUUUUCUGGCGCAACUACACCGGGUGUUGUGCAGACGGAGAUGAAGCUGUGGGAGGACCAUUGGAUUCGGUGUUCAAAGGAACUGAAUCAGUGGGACAUACUUCUAGAGUAUGCAAAUGACAAAAGUGCAUGCAAUCCUCUACUGCUGCUGGAAACAUCAUGGCGAGUUCCCAAUUGGAAUACAACAAAGGAAGCUUUAACAAGGCUGGAGCAAAGCUGCCCGAAAGACGUAGCUUGGAAGCUUCACCUGUUUCGAGGAUACAUUACUGUUUGUCAUCCUGAUGAGAACCAUUUAAAUGUUGUUGAUCGAUAUGUGGAGAUUGCCUCAACGCUAUGCAUGCGCGAAUGGCGACGGCUUCCCAGUAUUGUCUCUCACGUGCAUUUACCGCUGCUACAGGCCGCUCAGCAGAUAAUAGAACUGCAGGAGGCAGCCCAGAUACAUCAAAGUUUGCUGCAUGCAUGUGCCACAUCAGUGCACGAUACCAUACACGAUUCUCUGAGAGACAUGAAGGCUACAGUGAAGACGUGGCGGAACAGGCUUCCCGUAAUUGCUGAUGAUCUGAGCCACUGGAGUGAUAUUUUCACUUGGAGACAGCACCACUAUUCUUUUAUUUCUGCACACUGUGAUUCGCAACAUGAACAGACGAGUAAUCAUGGCAUGCUCGGUGUUCACGCGUCUGCACAGGUACGAGGAAUUAUUCAUGCGUCUGCACAGGCAAUCCUACACUUUGGAAAAAUUGCCAGGAAACAAAAUUUGACAAGUGUUGCAAUGGGACUUAUUUAUACAGUCCCAAGUUUGUUAAUAGUAGAUUGCUUCCAGAAAUUACGCCAGCAAAUUAAGUGUUACGUGCAGUUAUCAACAGUUGCUGGAAGACCUGAACUAAAAGAGGCUCUUGAUCUCAUAGAGUCCACAAAUUUGAAAUAUUUCACACGAGAAAUGACUGCAGAACUUUACUCAUUAAAAGGCAUGCUGCUAUCGCAGCUAGGACGUUCGGACGAGGCCAACAAAGCAUUCUCGGCAGCUGUGCAGCUUCACGACACAUUGUUGAAGGCGUGGGCGAACUGGGGGGACUACCUGGAGCAGGUGUUCACGCAGGAGCCCACCAAUCUGCAGAUUGGGCAUGCCACCAUCACCUGCUUCCUGCACGCCUGCCGGCACCAGAACGAGCACAAGUCACGCAAGUACAUCGCCAAGGUUUUGUGGCUGUUGACAUUUGAUGAUGAGCGCCUCGGAUUGGCGGAAGCAAUGGAUAAAUAUUCCAUUGGUAUUCCUCCGCUGAUGUGGCUCCCGUGGGUUCCACAGCUGCUCGGCUGUAUUCUCCGUAUUGAAGGCAAGCUCGUGCUGAAUCUUAUCAGCCAGAUUGGUCGAAUGUUCCCUCAGGCAGUUUAUUUCCCCAUAAGGACAUUGUACCUUACACUGAAAAUAGAACAGAGAGAAAGAAAUAAAAAUGUCGAAAUGGUACCUGUGACUAAACAGGCUUCCACCUCUGAUGCUGGUAAUACUGCUGUGGGCAGCCCAACACCAGGUGUUGCAGCUGAUGGUCAGCAGGUGGCGUCAGAGGCUGGCCCUAUAAGGGCGACGCCACCCAUGUGGCGCUGCUCCCGCGUGAUGCAUAUGCUCCGUGACAUCCACCCCACCGUCCUGUCAUCGCUAGAAGGCAUUGUCGACCAGAUGGUCUGGUUCCGAGAGAACUGGUAUGAAGAAGUCCUCAGGCAGCUACGUCUCGGGCUAGCGAAGUGCCUUGCUAUCGCUUUUGAAAACAGUGCUAAUGUGGAAGAAGCAACUAUUACGCCACAUACACUGAAUUUCAUUAAGAAACUUGUUUCCACGUUUGGUAUUGGAAUUGACUUGAAGGCAGAGCGGCAGUCGAACUCUGCUUCAUCGUCAUCGUUUGUGAGCACAGCCUCGGAGAGCUUGGCCAGCCGCGCACGGGCAACGGCCCAGGAUCCGGUCUUCCAGAUGAUGAAGGUGCAGUUCACAACUGACUUUGACUUCAGCCAGCCAGACUCCAUGAAGCUGCAGAACCUCAUCCAGAAGCUGCGCAAGUGGAUCACUAUUCUCGAGGCUAAAGUGAAAACCUUACCCAAGUCAUUCCUGAUUGAAGAGAAAUGCAGGUUCCUCAGUAAUUUCAGCAUCCAUACAGCUGAAGUUGAAUUGCCUGGGGAAUUUCUGCUACCAAAGCACACUCAUUACUAUGUACGGAUCUCGCGAUUCAUGCCACGCGUGGAUGUCGUGCAGAAGCACAAUACUGCUGCCCGUCGCCUGUAUAUCCGUGGGCACAACGGGAAGAUCUACCCGUACCUUGUUGUGAAUGAUUCGAGCCUUGGUGAUUCAAGGAGGGAAGAGAGAGUGCUGCAAUUGUUGCGUUUCCUGAAUCAUUAUCUGUCCAAACAGAAGGAAACAGCUCGAAGAUUUCUGCAUUUCACAGUGCCUCGUGUUGUUGCUGUUGCUCCUCAAAUGAGACUAGUUGAGGACAACCCUUCAUCAAUUUCUCUACUGGAUAUAUUCAGGGAAAGCUGUGUGAAGAACAAGAUUGACUUUUUAGACCCUGUUUCUAAUUAUUAUGAUCAGCUUAGCACAGUACAGGCUAGGGGAUCUCAGCCCAGUGUCCAGGUUCUGCGGGAAAUCCUUCAGGAUACACAAAAGAGUAUGGUGCCUAGAACCCUGUUGAGUGACUGGGCACUAAGGACCUUCACAACACCUACAGAUUACUGGCAGUUCCGGAAAAUGUUCACAUUGCAGCUGUCACUGGCCUGCUUCUGUGAGUACGUGCUACAUCUCACGAGGCUGAACCCCGACAUGAUGUACAUCCACCAGAACUCUGGCCUGAUGAACAUUGCGUAUUUUAAGUUUGACGUCGAUGAUAUGACAGGAGAACUCGAUUCAAACAGGCCUGUUCCUUUCCGGCUGACACCAAACAUUGUAGAACUGCUGACGAUGAUUGGCAUUAAUGGACCCUUUACCGCAAGCAUUAUAGCGACAGCACGGUGUCUUGCACAACCAGCCUUCAAGUUACCCACCUACCUGAGGGCAAUUCUUAGGGAUGAAAUGGCAGCAAGCUAUAGGAAGAAACAAGACGAUACCAAACAAGAAAUUUUACCAAACUCUGUACCUGAGGAAGUGAAGGGUGAUACAUUGAUCGUCAUGGUGAAUCGUGCAGUCGCAGCAAUUAUGUCGAGGGUUAAUUGCCUUGCUAACUUUGACGGUAUAGAAAGCAAGGCAAGUAGCUUGGUCAAUACUGCGAUGGACUACAAUAACCUUUGUCGUACAGACCCUGCAUGGCAUCCAUGGCUUUAAUGUAUUGUAUGUGUACGAGAGAUUAGUUUUUGUAAAACUGUAAUUUUUUGUAAUAAAUUAUUUGUAAUAGA